AUGGGUGCUAUGAGAUUUGGUGGAAGUUGCUUCCAGAAAGAUGUCUUAUCACUGGUUUAUCUGUGCGAAUCCUUGAACUUACGUAAAGUAGCUGAUUACUGGAUGGGGGUAAUAGACAUCAAUCAGUGGCAACGUCGCCGUUUCUCUGACAAGAUCAUCGCUGAGUUGUUCAAUACCGUAACCGACAAGAAGAUUGCGGUUUUUGGAUUUGCUUUCAAGAAGAAUACUGGAGAUACUCGGGAUUCGUCAGCUAUUCAUAUCAUCAGCCAUCUUCUCGAAGAACGUGCUCGGAUUUCUGUCUAUGACCCGAAGGUGACAGAAACACAAAUGCGCUGGGAAUUGGCACAACGAUGUCCAGAAGAGACAGUGACAAAACUAGUCACAGUACAUGAUGAUCCUUAUGCUGCUGCAGAAGGAGCACAUGCGAUAGUUGUUGUUACAGAAUGGGAUGAGUUCAAGACCCUUGACUAUGAGCGAAUCUAUAAAACAAUGCAGCAUCCAGCGUCAAUCUUUGACGGUCGCCUUAUUUUGGACCAACGCCAAUUGCGCUCCUAUGGAUUCCGAACCUUUGCC